UUUGCGUCUUUUCCUGCGUCUCGAUCCCUCUUCUGAUCGCCUCUGCCCCUCCCUCGCUCUCUGCCCCGCACGCCAGCUCCUCUCGCUCCCUCUCGAUCUCCUCCCCGGUUCCACGCUCUCCGUCCGGAUUGCCGAUCAGAUUCUCUUCCGCAUGCUCGAAUUGGGCUGUUUCUUGGUCGCCGGUAACGGGAAUCGAUGAUGCUGAAGCUGCUGAUUGGGUCGCAGUGAGGGGAAAUCGCUCUCUUGUUGAACUCGACGGGUUGGGGGGUUUAUAGGCCGUUUAGGCACCGGUUAUUUGGUGACCAAGGGAUUCCCGGCAUGGAAUUCGAUCCUUCCGAUAGUAGUGGAACUGAUGAUGAUCUUCCACCACCCCAUCAGAACAGGGGUGUAAGAGGGCAUAUGACAGGUAAUGGGAGGACCAUUGUUGGUGCAAUUCCAUAUGCUAGGGUGCAAAAUGAUAUGGAAAUCCAAAUACACCGACUUGAGCAAGAAGCAUACAGUUCGGUUCUUCGAGCAUUUAAGGCUCAAUCUGAUGCCAUUACAUGGGAAAAAGAAAGUCUAAUAACUGAACUAAGAAAGGAGCUCAGAGUGUCAGAUGAAGAACAUAGAGAACUAUUAAAUAGGGUGAACGCAGAUGACAUUAUUCGAAGAAUAAGGGAAUGGAGACAAGAAGGUGGACACCAGUCUGGGGUUUUUAGUAAUGUUCAAUCAGAUGUUCCUGCACCCAGUCCUACCAUUUCCGCCUCUCGAAAGCGGCAACGAACACAGCCUGUUCCAUCAUUGUCUUUGGAUGUACCAUCUACUGGUUUGCACUCACAGGCUGUUGCAGCUCCCAUGCAGCCAUCAUCAUCAACUGCCAAAAGGGGAGCUACAACAGGAGCCAAAGGCAAGAAGCCUAAGACAAAAUUUCAGGGUCAGGCAGUACCUGGUGCUUCUUCAAUAAAGUCUAUGCAGUAUCCUUCUUCGGGUCCUGGUGGAAGAGGCCAUAUGGCAAAUAAGAAUUCUUCUGGCGCACCUGCUCCAGCUGAACUAGCUAAAACAGCACCAUAUGACCCACUAAUUGGGCGUAAAGUGAGGACUAGAUGGCCUGAAGAUAAUAGCUUUUAUGAAGCUGUUAUUCUUGAUUAUAAUCCGGUGGAAGGUCUGCAUGCACUUGUUUAUGAUGUUGGCAUGGAGCAUGAGACAUGGGAAUGGGUUAAUCUGAAGGAGAUUCCCCCUGAAGAUUUAAGAUGGGAUGGUGAGGAUCCAGGAAUCAGUCAUCAUCCUGGUCCGGGUGCACCUGAACGUGGAGUUAAAAAAACCUCGGGUCGUGGCGGUGCAAUUCCAGGAGCAGGAAGAGGUAGAGGAUCAAUGAAAAAUCAAGCAAAGAAAGAUUUUCAACCACCCCAAAACGGCAUUGGCAAGAAGAGCACCGGUGACAUUGAGAUUUUUGACACGGAGAUACUUAUUAAAGAAGUGGAGAAGGUUUUUAGCGCAAGCCAUCCUGAUCCUAAGGAUAUGGAGGAUGCCAAGAACUUGUUGAAAGUUCAAGAACAAUCACUGAUUGCUGCAAUUGCGAGGCUUGCAGAUGUAUCAGAUGGUGAAAGUGAAGAAGGGGAGCACCAGUAUUCGCAUGGGCAAUCCAUGGAGCGGGAUCGUGGAUGGAGAAACCGAAUGAUUGCUGGGGUCGGAGGACGAGAGGGCUAUGAUGGCGAUCACUUAGGUGGGGAUGACGAUGACGAUGACACAUAACUUGGCCGAAACCGCCGUCUCCAUUUUUAUAUGUGCUGGCACCUUGCCCCUGCUAUAACUUAGCUAAUGUUAAAUUGUUACUUGGCGAAUGGCCGUGCACCUAUCUACUCAGAAGCUACAAUGCCGAUCAAAUACUCACCUCCUACAUUGAGUUACAUUGUUCUAUUACGUUGUAGGUGUGUAGCAUAGGGUUCGAGUUCUCAGUAACCUUGUGUAUCGUUCGUCGUUACAACUCUCAAGCUCGAGGAAUGUAUGCAGCAAUGUAGAAAGAUUAAUGACCGUGGUGGUUUCCAUGGACGUCAGUUCAUGAAAUCAUGUAACGUUUAUUGUUGUUGGUGAAUCCAUCCAGGGCGGCGAUUAAAUUA